AUGACGAGUGCGAUAUCAGCGCCCACACAGAAUCCCGCGAGCGACAAACCCACGACGACCCACACACCCACGCACUCGAUCUCACCAGCUGUGCCGGCACAGCUACCAGUGAGAUCCUCCGGCGCCAUCAAAACGGCGUCGAUUCCAUCCUCGGCUGGAGCCUCCGCGCCCGCGCAAAAUGCAAAGUCUGCCUCAGAAUCCCACAUGAACGGUUCUAUGGCACAAGGAGGCUCGCAGUUUUCACAGAAUGGCGGAAAUAUGAGCAACGGAUCUGGCCCACAAGGCGACCAUGGCCGGAAGCCUUCGGUCGUUAUCAGCGCCUCGGGUGCUUCGGGAUACACCCCAAACGGCGGACCCGUGAGCUCGAACGGUCGACCUCCUAUCGUCUUCGGUUCGCAGCCUGCGGACGCCCAGUCUGGCGCUCCCUUUCAGCCACAGAAUGCCAAUUUGUCCACGCCCUCGAGCAACCCUCGUGCGACAUCUCCAGCUCAUUCGCCCACCCCGAUCCCUCAACCCUCCGCUAGUGGUGGUCGUCCGCCUUCCGGCAUCCAAGGUCAAAUGAACGGCCUCGCUUUCGGUAGCACUGGUGCCGACAACGAAAUGAUGCGAUCUGGUUCACAAGCCGGCACGCCCAUGCACGAGAGACACGCCUCUUCCCAGUCCAUGCAGAGUGAGCUGUCCAACCAAGGAGUCAACGCUGGGCGCCCGCCUUUCACCCCACAAGGUCAAGGCCGUGGUCGCGGAUUCACCGGAAACCCUCCUUACAUGGGUUCUCCGUCUCAAAACUACCGGCCCAUGCCUGGCGCUCAGGGACGGGGAAUGUCGCCAUACCCCGGCCAGCAGAGAGCCCCGAGCUCACCCUAUAUGAACCACGCUCGUCCCAGCCCCGGUCCCAUGCCCGCCGCUCCUCACAUGCCCGGCGGUCCGAUGAAUCAUCAGCAGAUGCCACAGUAUCCCGGAUAUGCCCCUCAGCAGGGCUAUGCUCCUCAAAUGUAUCCCGGAUUCGACCCCAACACCGGUUUCUACCCUCCAUACUACAAUGGCUACCCGCAGCCUGGUCCCAGCCCUGGUCCGCAGUACCCGGGUGCUGCCUUCCAACCGCCACGCGCGCACAUGGCGCCACCGUUCAACCCAGGAACACCUGGCAUUGGAAUGGCCCGUACAGCCUCGCAUGAUUCCAGCCGUCCUCCGUCAAGCAUUGGCCACACUUCGCACACCCCGACUCCUUCUCAGCAGGGCAUCUCGCAGGCUCCUGGACCACAGGGACCAUCUGCUGCGAGCAGCUUUGUUCGCCCCAAGAAGACCAGCGCCAUCAAGAUCACUGAUGCAAACGGAAAUGCCGUCAACUUUGGCAAACCCGCUGCAGCCGCCACCAGUUCCACCCAGUCGCAAGGUCCUGUGAUCGUCUCAACACCCAAUGCUCCCACCCCUCCGCCGCGUGUCCCGAGCGCCCAGCACAACCGCACCGAGAGCAAAGCCCCCAAAUCCUCGGAAGAGACCAAGACCGCUUUUGCCGAGCAAGUCAAGCGACAGAUUGAGGAGGAGAAGCGCAAAGAGCAGGAGAAAGAGGCCGCAGCCAAGGCUGGUGAGACGAAGGCCGAGGACAAAACCGAGGCACCUAAGGAGACUGAAAAGGCACCCGCCGACGCCCCUGUCAAGGAAGCUGAGGCGGCUGCUGAGAAGUCCGCUGCUGUCGCUGCUGACGACAAAGAAGGCGCCAAGGCCGCCGAAGCGAAAUCAGACGAGGCCAAGGAUGCUCCUGCCAACGAUGAGGAUGAGGCGGCACGGAAGAAGCGCGAAGAGGAUGAGGAGCUUGAGCGACAGAUCGCCGAAAUGGAGGCUCUCGAGCGUGAGGAAGAGGAGCGCGAGAGGGCUUACAACGAGAAGAAGGCUAAGCAGAAGGCUGAAGCCGAUGCUCGCAAGAAAGACGAAGCCGCUCGACUCAACACUGAUGACGAGCUCAAGCGACAGGAGCGUGAAGCCGAGGAGCGCGAAUUGGCUCGUGAGCGUGAGCGCAAUGGGGAGACCAAGGCUGAAGAGCCUGAUGCCGAGGCGAAGAAGCUCUUUGCCUCGCUCAAGAAGCCCACCUUGGGACCCGGAGCCAACGCGCAAGACAAUGAGACCUCGGAGGACUCUUCCAACGAGCAAUCCGCUUCCCAGUCCGCACCACCGCGUGCCGGAGCACAGAAGCCCAAGCCGGCUCAUCUCAAGCUCGAGACCAACAAGACUGUUGAGCGUGCUGAGCCGACCCCUGGUAUGCAAGCCCUCAAAUCGGCUCGUUUCCUCGCGCUACAAGAAGAGGCCGAAUAUCCCAGCGGCUUCAAGUCUCCCAACCCGGCUCUCAACCAGUCGACACAGCGCAAGGGCCACGCAUACGACCGCGACUUUUUGUUGCAGUUCCAGAGCAUCUUCAAGGAGAAGCCUUCUGUGGACUGGGAUCAGAAAGUCCGUGAUACGCUCGGCCCCGGUGAUGACUCUGCUCGUCCCAACACCGCGCGUACUCCUUCCUCCGCCGGUGGUCGUCAAGCAUCACGAGGAGGCUCUGGAAUGGGCUUCCCGGGUGGCGCCAUGGGUGCUUUCGGCAGCGGCGCUCAACGUGCUCCUGUCGGCUCUGGUACUACCUCUGCGGAGCGUUUCGCAGCCUCCAACAACAUGGGUCCUCCUCGACCUGGUCAGCCAGGUAUGGUGCGCGCUCCGAGCAACCUCGGUCUGGGUGCACCCGGAAACAUGUCACGAACAAACUCUUUGCAGAUGGGUGCUAUGGGCGGACCUGGUGGUGCUCGUCAAACCAGUCAACGCGGACCCGGUGGUCGCGGUGGUAGCAAGCGUGACGACCGCACUCGCAGCCGUCGCGAAGACGCCGACUCUGCUUCCAAGAUGCCGCUCACUGCUGGCCAGGCCGUUGCCCCUCUAGACAAAUCCACCAGUGGAUGGAAACCUAGUAGCAUUGUCGGAGGCACAAAUGGCCCCGCUCAGCCCGACCCAAGUGGUACCGCGCUCAUGGCCCCUGACAUGGUCCAACGUAAGGUCAAGGCCGCUCUCAACAAGAUGACUCCUGAGAAGUUCGAGAAGAUCUCGGACCAGAUUUUGGAGAUUGCUGCGCAGUCCAAGCACGAGACAGAUGGCCGCACCCUGCGACAGGUCAUUCAGCUCACCUUCGAAAAGGCCUGUGAUGAAGCUCACUGGGCUGGCAUGUACGCGCAAUUCUGUCACAAGAUGUUGACCACCAUGAGCCCGGACAUCCGGGACGACACCAUCAAAGACAAGGCCGGUAAUCCCGUCAUCGGAGGUGGUCUGUUCCGCAAGUACCUCCUCAACCGAUGUCAAGAAGAAUUCGAACGGGGUUGGCAAGCGAAUCUUCCCGACAAGCCUGAGGGUGAGUCACAGGAGGCGGCCCUUCUGUCAGACGAGUACUACAUCGCCGCCGCUGCCAAGCGACGUGGUCUCGGUUUGAUCCAGUUCAUUGGUCAGCUCUACAAGCUUCGGAUGUUGACGGUCCGUAUCAUGCACGAGUGUGUCCUGAAGCUCCUCAACUUCGAAGGCGACCCAGAUGAAGCUGCCAUUGAGAACUUGACCACCCUCCUCAAAGCCAUCGGUCACACCAUGGACCAAGAGGAACAAGGGCGACCUUGCAUCGCCAUGUACUUUGGCCGCAUCAACAACGUCCUGGAGAAUGCUGCGCUUGCCAGUCGUCCCCGCUUCAUGCUUCUCGAUCUCGUCGACCUCCGGAAAGCCGGCUGGCGCGGCAAGGACGCCAACAAGGGCCCCAAGACCAUCCAAGAGAUUCACGCAGAUGCCGAAGCUGCGGCUGCCAAGGCCGAGGCCGAACGUCAACGCACCUCUCGCGGAGGUCCCGGCGGUGGCCGUCCUCAGCAAGGUCGUGGCGACGCCCGCUUUGCCGGUGGCCCACCACCUCCCGUCGACUACUCACGGACCAACGUCGCCAUGGACGACCUCAAACGUCUCUCACAGCGCAGCCAGAACCGCAACUCCGUCGGUGGCAGCAUGGGUCCCGGCGGUGGUCUCGGUCCCUCAAUGCUCGGCGCCCGCACCGGCAGCCGUCGCGGUCUCGGUGGUCUCGGUCCUGGAUCUGGCAAUUCAACACGCACCAGCACGCCACCCGUCGAUGCGAAGAAAGACGAGCCUCCGAGCGCGGCUCAAAAUGCUUUCAGUGCCCUCGCCGCACUCGACGGCGCCGAAGGCCCCGAAGAUGCAGAAACCCCCGCUUCACCGCCACCCACUGCCGCCGCCCCUGCUACUGCUGCCGAGGCCGACAAGGAUGAGGCUUGA